AUGAGCGAUGAAGAUAUGAAUUGCUACGUGAUCGUUCGUUUUACGGACGAAAAUUCGAUUUCUAGUAAAAUACUAGAUUUGGUCCCACGCUCAUGGCUGCGCGACGACUGUAGCUGUUUUUACCCAAAUCCGUGCGACUAUCAGUACAUGAAGAAUUGUCUGUUAUCUUUGAAAAAGCCUGAGGAACACUGGGAAUCUUUUUCAAUAGAAGUCAUUGCAUAUGCAAAGGAUUUGAAACAAGGGAAGAGGAGGCUCAAACGAGCCUUAAAAUCAGAUAAAAUAAAGUGUACAGAUGAUGACGAACACCAACGGAAUGAAUGUGAACCUAAUAAAUGCUCCAGAAAUACCAUAGCACAAACUCUGAAUGCAGUGAAACCAUUUCAGUCCUACGGAUCUUUCACUCAAAAAUGCCAGCCAAAAACGAAGACUAAUCCAAAUGUAUGCCCAAUGGAUGAAGAAGCAGAAGAGGUUUUGCCUAUCUUAGAGGAAACUGCAAUAGAUAUUAUUAAUGUUCCAUCUAACGAUGUAAUAGUUACAAAAGAAUAUGCAGAUCAAAAAUUUGAAGAGUUACAAGAAAAAGUAUUAAGCCAAAUAGCUUCUGCGAAAAGAAGCAUUUUAUAUGAUCUAGAUAAAAAAAUUACUGAAUUGAAGCAUACAAUAUUAUUAAAUAAUCUGGCUGGAAAUAUGGCACCAGGAGGCGUAGAAAAAGUUAAAGCUGAUUUAAAAAACUUUAAUGACUUCAGAAGUGAAAAAAGACUCAUUGGUAAAUCAUUUUUAAUAAGUAUAAUAUGUAUAAGUAUAAGUAUAAUGACCAAAGCGGUUGAACUGCACUAUUCAGGGACCGGCAAAAUUAUUAACGGUCAAGGGAAAAGAAAUUUUAGCUCCACAAACACAUAUCUGUGUUCAAGAGAUGUUUUGAUUGAUAAAUUUGGAGACGCGAUGAGUGUGCAAAAAUUACCGGGCCAGGUGGGGAUAUGGUUGUCUUAA